AUGAACCCCGCGAGUGGCGAGUGGGUGUUAUUAAUACGAACAAAAGAUGGAACUGUUAUUGCAAAGAAUCAAACUUGGGGGGAGAGGAUUGUUUCCUUUAGGGUAGAUUUCUCUAAAUUCUUUGAUGACAAAUUUUGUGACUCCCCAGCAGCAUGGAGACAUACUGAUUCCGCGGAGGGCCCCCUCCAGGACAAUCUCCCCUCUGCCUAUACAAUAGGCCUAACUGAUUGUGACCCCAACACCAAGAAUAGGGCUUUAUGGUACACCCCUUACUAUGCUUGCCCUGAGCCACCCCCGGGGAGGAGGCGGACCUGCGGAUCCUAUUCAGACUUCUAUUGUAAAGCUUGGGGUUGCGAGACCCUCACGGACGGGGGUUGGAAUCCAGGCGGGGGCAAAGACCCCCAUAUAGCCUUGAUCCGCAACAAAACUAUGAAGCCCAGCUCUGGGUGGAAUAACGCCUGUGCCCUAGACAAUUGCAACCCAGUUGUAGUCACGGUCCUGAAACCCCAGGACCCUGAAUGGACGAAGGGCCGAACCUGGGGUAUCCGGCUCUACGUAUCAGGGACAGACCCGGGAACCUUUUUUACUAUUCGCAGAAUACCCUUAGUGAAUCGACCCUUGCUAAGAGGCAUAGGGGGAGGGCUACCCCUGCCCGCCCGGCCUGUUCCUACAGGCACGGCAUCCCCCGAAGAAAGUUCCAUCGUGAGAGAUUCUGGGAAUAGCACAGGAAAUAGGACUGACUACAAUAGUCUCCUGGGGCCUAGUGAGGGAUGGAACCAGUCAAAACCAGACAGACCCUGGCCUAUGGAACAGAGAAAGCCGCCCAAGCAGGAGGCAAAUGCCUUAGACCUCCUCGAUAGGUUUUUCCCCUAUUUAAACAAGACCCAGCCCGGUCUGACAGAGUCGUGCUGGCUAUGUCUCAGUCCCCGUCCACCCUUUUAUAUUGGGGUAGGGGCAAAUACCACAGAGAAUUCCUCAGAGCCCAUCAAAGUGACCAAGGAUAAUUAUCCGUAUCAUAUGCCAGAGUGUCACCAGGAGACCACUUUAAAAUUAGCAGAUUUUCAUGGAAAAGGGACAUGCUAUCUCUUGGCCAAUUUCUCUUCCUCAUUAUAUGAAAAUUAUUGUACCAGUUAUGUGUAUAUGCAGGAACAGACCCCCAUACAAGACGAGGAACCCGAAGUUUUGAAAGCUCAGGAGGGACUAUGGUUUGCCUGUACAAGGGGAGUCAUGAAGUGCAUAGCCCCCAUAAACCCUGAUAUUUGUGUCAGCGCAUACAUCAUCCCUCAAGUCUACCUAUACGGGGGAGAUUCCAACUUCUUGCUACAACCUUCCCCUCGAAUUAAGAGGGUCCCUCUGCUCGUUCCCGUCGUAGCCACAAUUGGGAUAGUAGGCUCUGCUGCCCUAGGGGCAGGUGCCCUUGUACAGGGAGAAUUGAGCCUGAGGCAGCUAUCGCAGACCUUCUCCAAGGAUGUGUCCCUGCUACAGAAGCAGGUGAUAUAUCUAGAGAAGCAAGUAGACUCACUGGCAGAGGUGGCCCUCCAAAAUAGGCGAGGGUUAGACCUUCUGUUUUUGAAGCAAGGGGGACUAUGUGCCGCAUUAGGAGAAGAAUGUUGUUUUUAUGCAAACCACUCUGGAGUAAUAAGGGAAAAUAUCAAAAUCUUAACCCGUAGGUUAAAAGAAAGAGAUAGUGAAGAGAGUGACUCCUCCUGGUAUGCCUCCAUGUUUAAAGCCUCACCUUGGUUGACUACCUUGGUUUCAGCGUUAGCAGGACCGAUUCUAAUCCUUCUGCUGAUCCUGUUGUUUGGUCCUCUAAUCCUGAAUAAGCUAGUGGCAUUUGUGCGAAACCGAAUUGAGGUUGUUAAGCUAAUGGUAUUAUCCCAACCCUAUACUCUGCUGGCCGCAGAAGACACUGAGUCAAGGGUUUGA